AUGCCAAGUGAAAAUUCUAGUGUCAGCGAGAAAACCAAAUACCAAUUUAGCCAAGUAAUUACUCGCUAUCUGGUUAAAAAUAACCUUUCAGAAGCAGAAAUAGCCAAUCGGCUCGGUUUAGAUAAAAAUGCUACGGCUAGAUUACUCCGUGGUUAUACUGAAAAUUUUUCCUUGGAUAGUUUAAUUGCUUAUGUGGAUAAAUUACAUUUACCUUUACAAGUAAAAAUUACCGAAGAAAGAAAAUUAGCAGGUGCUCGACCGCUUUUAAUCAGAAGUUUAAGCCAUUUUGAUGGUAGAAAACAUUUUUCAGGGACAAAAUCAGCAAAUAUUGUUAGCAAGUGUGUAGAAAGUCCUAACGAUGGUGGUUGUUGUGCUGGUUGUUUUGAUACUCGAAAAGAAAAUCCAACUAUGUUAAAAGUUGAUGGACACUACGAAGAAGUAAAAAAAUGUAUCUCUUGUGGUAAACUGAGAAAUAUUAAAAGUUUAAUAGAAAACAACAAAAAGGUUUGUUAUCAUUGUGUUAAUGAGACUAUUGGAAGAUAUGAAGAGAAAAAAAAUCAAGGAAAACAUAACACAGAAAGAGUUCAUGAUGGAAUUCCUUAUAAAAUAAAUCCUCUCCACUUAACUCAUUUUAUUGAAGAACACAACAAGAAAAUUAAAGAAUAUGAUGCUUUAUCCGAAGAAGAAAAGGAUGAAUAUGACAAAAAAAACUAA